UUAAGCGCACACGCAAACGCAGGAGGCGUACAGCGAGGUUUCCGCUUCUCAGUUGGGCUCGGACCGCGGCUCACGAAAAACACCGUGUGAAACGUACAAGGUUUGACGCACUAAGGUAAGAAAAAAAAAGCAAGAGGAAAGCAAACCAACCGAGCAAAAAAGAUGUCUGAAUCCAAGUACCGCGAUUGGAUCCUGGACACUAUCGACUCGCUGCGGUCGCGAAAAGCCCGGCCGGACUUGGAGAGGAUUUGCCGAAUGGUCCGGAGACGACACGGGUCCGAGCCCGACCGAACCUGUGCAGAACUGGAAAAACUGAUUCAGGAACAAACCGUGCUGAAAGUUAACUACAAGGGCUCUAUUUCGUACCGAAACGCCGCCAAGGUUCAGCGGAGAAGCAGAAAAAAAGACGAUUUAACGUUAACGACGGCUGCGAGAAGGAGCGCGGUGGAAGAAGCCAGUCAUUCUGACUUGAGCAACGGGGACAGCGCUUUCGGUCCUGUUGACCAGGACGAGGAGGAUUUGGAGGCGGACACCUCUAUGGCAAUGGACACAGACAGCAAUGCAGAUGAGGAGGGGGCAGAUGAGAGUCGGGAUGGGCAGGACGGACCCCCUCUGGGGCGCACUUAUGUAGACACCUCUGUGCGCUGUGCCCCUGUGCGAGCCAUCUCUGCUCCCUGCUCCCCCUCUGGCACUCGGCCUGGCCCCGGCUGCGGCCCCGGCACCGGCCUGGACUGUGCCUCUUUCCAGAAGGCUGGUGAGAGGCCCAGCUCCUUGCCCCCCCCCAGCCCCAGGGCCCUCACAAACAAUGACUGGGCCUAUCAUUCUACUGUCUGCCCAGCGGAGCGCCAGCACCCAGGAAUGCAGAGAGACAAAGCAGCAGCCAUGAAGCCAGCAACCCACUCUGCAACUACCAGCCCCUGCACUUUAAAGAACACUGUGAAGAAAGAAGAUGGAGGCAAGGCGGUGGAUAGUAGCCUUUCGUCUGACCAGUUGGUGCCAGACUAUGCAGCGGGGCUGGAUGAGACCAGGAAUGUAUCUGACGGGAGACCGCAGGCACUGUCUUUGCCAUCGGACAACUGUACAUUAAAGAACAAGAUGGAUGUAUCCUCCUUCACAGCAGCCGAAGACAGUCUUCUGAAUGGUGGUAAAGGUGAUGAAGUCUCUGUGAAGAAGGAGAAGAUGAGCCACAACUUGAUGCAGUGGACUGUGGCAGAUGUGGCCAGUUACUUCUCAGCCGCAGGCUUUCCAGAGCAGGCUGUGGCCUUUCGAACACAAGAAAUUGAUGGGAAGUCCCUUCUCCUAAUGCAGCGCAGUGACGUGUUGACCGGUUUGUCCAUCCGACUCGGCCCCGCCCUCAAAAUCUAUGAGCGUCACGUUAAGGUGCUGCAGAGGACCCACUUCCUGGAAUACGAAGACCUCUGAAGUGGUGCUUCACAUGACAGACAGACAAUGCUGCAUUGACCCAAACGUGCAUGCAGUGCCCUCUCCCGUCUAGAUCCUGCCACCCACCUUCAUAUACAGAAUAUGUAGACGGUGAGUGGAGGAGGGGGGGGGGGGGCUGCGGUGGAAUAAACUUUCACUGUGAGAAUUAUCAGAAACUUAAAGACAGUCAUCCUACCUCUCAUAACGGUCUUUGGUUUUCAAAUGGUUUUCAUUUCACCCGUGCAGUUUGAUUGCAUUGUCAAGGGAGUAGACUGGUACGUUCAGAGGAUGCUUUAAAGUAGAGCAGCAAAGACUUUUCUGCAAGAAUAAAAGAUGGAUAAUGCAGCCAUCGAAGGGGACCGAGCCUCGCACCAAGUGGACCACCUGUGGGCCAAUGCACCCACAGAGACAUGCUGCACCGCUGCAAACAAAGGGUUGCCACAGUUUCGGGUCCACAAAGAAAACAUCGUUUUUUUGGCUGCGGCUCUCUAAAAGAAAUGUCACCCUGCAUCCUCGCUCGAUCUGUUACGGUACCUUCGUCACACGGAUGAACAUAAAGCGCAUCCGAUGUGAGUUUUUCCUUUUUGAUUCCGUUAAAUUAAAUGUCUUUAAAGUGCUGGGGAAGUCAGACUAUUUACAUAUCUGCAUCACAAGUCUGAGUCCUGACUUAUUACGCCACCAAUAGCUGCUGAUGUUGGAAUAUGUCUUCGGUGUCUCUGUAACAGAUAUAACCAACAUGAUGUACCACUACCUGCUGGGAAGGCAAUAUGUGGUUGCGUUUUUUCUUUUUCUAUCUUAUUUAGAUCCGACUACGGUCCAACUUAAUACGUUUUGGGGAACAAUGUGACCAGAUGUGACCAGGAAAAUGUUCAGCCUAAUGGCAUUUGCUUACAUACUUUAAGCAAAAUAAAGUAAUACAAGUUUGGGAAAUGCUACUGCAUUACUGAAUAUACUGUUUUAAAAUGAAUACAGCUGCUCAGUGCCUGUUCACAGAGCGGAUAUCUUGAUCAAAUGCAAUAUUUGAUGUUAUCAUUCAUUUAUAAUUUGUCCAGUGUCUCUUUUUAAAUGUAAGCCAGCCUCUUGAAUUGUUACAUUCCAUAUGAUGUAGUCGACAUGUCCAAAUGUAUCUUGUCUCCUUUUUAUCUGUAACAUUACGCUUCUUCCAGAGUCGCAAAUAAAGCUUGUGUCUCUCU